UCAAAAACAUAAAAUCUUUUAAGUUCAUCAGUUUAAAGAAGAAAAAAUUAGCAUUCAAACUUGAGAAGAUGCUUAGGUCCUUUGUUGGGAAGAUACAAAAGGGUGUUUCACUCUUUGCACACAGAAGGCCCCCAGUGAGGUACUUCAAUGAGGCCACAGGUGAGGUGCCAGAAGAUGUUAGGGAAGGAUAUUUUGCUGUUCUUGCAACCAAGGGUGGAGAAUCCAAAAGGUUCAUUGUUGGAUUGCAUUACUUGAAUGAUCCUGCUUUCCUGGGACUGUUGGAUCAAGCUCAGGAAGAGUUUGGUUUCAGGCAAAAGGGUGCUCUUUCGAUCCCUUGUCAGCCUCAAGAAUUACAGAAGAUUCUAGAUGGUCGCAGAAUGUAGAGCAGAGAAGCAUCAAAGUUGCAUAUGAUAGACAACAAUCUAGGCCUAGGGAGUUUUAAUUUUCUAGUUAUAACUACUUAAGCCUUUUGCUAUACAGCCUCAAGAUGUAUAUGCAGAUAAUUCAAUAUAUUCUUUAAGUCAAUUAACUGAUACCGGUUUUAAUACUAGUAUCACACCCUUUUAAACA